AUGAUUCCUUCUACCUCAACCGACCUACCCAUCACUGAUCAUAUUCCGUCAGUAGUCAUCGAAUCAGACUACGAGGACGCUGUAUCCAGUGGAGAGGAGUUGGCGAAACUGUGCACUUCCCUUAAAACCCAUCUGGUGACAACAUCGAAAAUGCGGAGAGAGAAGAAGAGUGCCACAAAACUUCUAUCGAAUCGAGAGAGGAUGACACAGUAUUAUAGCAGAGAGUCGAGUAGUGAGCAUUCGAGUUUGGAGAAGCUUCAGCCUGCUGAAAUGCACAGCCGUCGUGGUACUGGUCAGAAACGGCGGAGCAAUUCGGGUAGUGAUCAUAGUAGUGACUGGAAAGUUCUGAAUUUGGCGUUCCAAGAAAUGGCUCACUACCCUCUAUUGAUGCAGUUGAACGAGCAACUCGUAGAGAUUUCAAGACAAUUGAAUAGUGUAGAAGCGACGAACGCAUUGCAGUUGAAAGUUAUCAUGCACCUGUUGAAUCGGGUGUCUAAGCGAAGACCUACAUGGCUCCAAUCAUUCUGUCGAUUCUUCCGUAACUUCCAAUUCUUCUUUUUCGCCUUCUCCUGGCCAUUCAUCGCCCGGUUGAUCUACAUCUGGUAUCUCAAAGUGGUGAUGAGAAGAUAA